AGUCCCAGAGACCUCUAGCUUUCCCAAAUCUCUGCCCGAGCUCCGACGUCGAUGGUUGCCGCUGGCGACUUCGGUAAUUUGGAAUACGUGAGGCUCUUGGUGCUCGUAUGAAUCUAUUUGACCGGUUUGCUAGAGUUGUCAAGUCAUAUGCAAAUACAUUAAUAAGUACCUUUGAAGAUCCUAAGAAAAUCUUAGAGCAAACAGUUCUUGAAAUGAAUGAUGACUUGACAAAGAUGCGUCAGGCCACAGCACAAGUGUUGGCAUCUCAAAAGCGGAUGGAGAAUAAGUACAAAGCUGCUGAACAAGCUUCUGAGGACUGGUACAGCAAAUCACAAUUAGCUCUUCAAAAAGGAGAGGAUGAUCUUGCACGUGAGGCUCUGAAGAGGCGUAAAUCUUUUGCUGAUAAUGAUAAUACUUUGAAAUCUCAACUUGAUCAACAAAAAGCUGUUAUUGAUAAUCUUAUGUCUAAUACACGACUUUUAGAAAGUAAGAUACAAGAGGCAAGGUCGAAAAAAGAUACCUUCAAAGCACGUGCUCAGUCUGCGAAGACUGCAACUAAAAUGAGUGAAAUGGAGUGGGAAACAAAAGAAAAAGCAGGAAGCAAAAGCAACAAAGGAAAUCAUUUCCAACUGCUCCACCCCAUAAUUGAUGAACUGGCAAAGAAGAUGCCCACACUUUCAUCAUGCAUGUUCCCAUUUUGA